ACCACCAUGGCUCAGGAGAGGUUCUUCAUCCUCUUUCUACCACUGGUCCUGGUGCUGCUGGUGCUGGGCUAUGUCCAGCCUUCUCUGGCCAAGGAAACGCAGGCUGAGAAGUUCCUGCGGCAGCACAUGGACCCAGACACCUCCACAGUCACUGCCAACUACUGCAACGAAAUGAUGAAGCACCGGAAUAUCAUGGUUGGAAAUUGCAAGCUGGUGAACACGUUUAUCCACGAGCCUCUGCCAGAUGUCCAGGCUGUCUGCUUCCAGGGAAAUGUCCCCUGUAAGAACACGAAGCCCAACUGCCACAAAAGCAGUUCCAAAAUGCGCAUCACUGACUGCCGCCUGAAGGAAGAGACCAAAUACCCCAAAUGCCAAUACGAGACCCAGCAGCUACGGAAAUCCAUCAUCGUGACCUGUGAAGGGAAUCCAUACGUGCCAGUCCACUUUAACGGUUCUGUGUAGGUCUGCACCUGAGGCCAGAGCAGUGAGAUGCCCCACCUCCCUGUUGUGGCACCUGCUUCUCCCCUCUCCCUUCCUGGCUCUGAGAGAAAGAACUCCAGCCAGGGCUCCUGUCCCAAACACACAUGCCUUCCUACCCAGGGCUUGCCCCUGUGUGGUUUGGGGGAUGAGGGGGGCCCCGUGUAAACCACUUCCUGGACUAUUUCAAUAAAACACAGUUGCAACC